AAACGUUCCAUGGAUCUCCGAGCGAAGUCACUUCACCAACUGAACAUAACGAUAUUUCAGAACCAAUCUCCAACAUAAUCAAAGGUGUCGAUAACAAGAGAUUAAAUCACCAAUAUGAGAAAGGCGAAAGACAACAAAAAGUGAAUCCCCAGAAAGGCAAGUGUAGUCUAGAGCUUCUGAGUUUUUAUAUUGGUGGCAUGACAGGGAUCUAG